AUGGACAAGAAGCUUCUGGAUGCAACCAUGGCGGGAGACACUGCGACGCUUAAAGAUCUGAUCGCAGAAGACCCACUCGGUCUCGACAGAGCUUUAGUCUCCUGCGUCUCCGAGACGCCGCUUCACGUAGCUUUAAUGCUGGGUCACCUGGGUUUUGUUACCGAGUUACUGAGCUGCAACCCCGAGCUAGCCUCCGAGCUGGACUCGCAUGGGUCAACGCCUCUCCACGUAGCGGCCGCCAAGGGGCGAGUUAAAUCAUUGGAGGGGUUGAAGGUUUUGGUCGAGGCAGCUGGGAAUGAUGAUGAUUUUGUGAAUUGGAAGAAUUAUGAUGGUAACACUGUUUUGCAUAUUGCCAUGGCCAAGAAGCAAACCGAGAUUACCAAAUUCUUGUUGUUUAAAACUGGCGUGAACGUGAAUGCGUUGAAUGCAAACAACGCUACCGCCUUAGACAUUCUGAAGCAAAGUUCUAGAGAUUUGAGGGAUAUGGAGAUUGAGGAUUCUCUUCGAGGUGUUGGGGCUUAA